AUGGCGGAGACCAACAGCCUGUUGAUGGCUCCCACCGCUGCGCCAGCGAAGGAAACGGCUGAACCUGCGCAGGCUCAGCCUCCACAGCCUGCGCCACAGGCCGCGCCUGCGGCGACGCCUGCUCCAGCGGCCUCGCCGGCACCGGCUCAGCCUGCUCAGCCGGCUCAACCAAUUUGGUCGCCGAACGCGCCCACAAUGGCUCCGAUGAGCAUCAACGACAUGCCCACGUUGCAGCGCUCCGAGCCUUUUGCAAACCAACCGUCCAUCGCGGCCGACGUGCCUGAGGGCGCGGAGGCAGUGACCCUGCAGGGGUAUCCUACGGUCCCCAUCGGAGGAGUGUUGUGCCUCCCUAAGAUUGGCACCUAUGAAGGUGAAAUCAAGGAUUUGAUGGGAAGCAACGCCUUCUUUGAUGCGGCGUUGCAGGUGGCAGAGCUCGUGAAGCACCGCUACGUGCUUUUCGUCGCCGCUGCUAUCGCUGUCAUCCUGUCUUUCGUCUUCCUCUUUACGGUGGAAUGGGCUGGUAAAAUUUUGGUCUAUUUGUCCAUCGUGGUGCUUGCGGUUGUCCCUGCCAUCUUUGGGAGCUUGUCAUUGUACGCUGCAGCACAAGGAGAGGAAUCAGAGUACGGGAAGAAGGUGGCGGCCGCAGACUUGGGACUCACCGGGACUCAAGGCGAUAUGAUCAUCGGCGUCAUAGGUGUGGGUAUUUCCUGCAUUGUGCUCCUGUGCGCCUGCUUCCAAUGCAAGCAAUGCACGGCAGCGGCAGCUGCAGCUCAAGAUGCUGCAGAUUGCCUCAUGACCAUGCCCUCGUUGAUGCUUGAGCCGCUGAUCUCCUUCUUGCUGAAGAUCCCCUUAUUCAUUUUGACGGCCAUCGGCCUGCUCCUCCUUCUGACCUCUGGAGACUACAAAAACGUGGACCUUACGAAGCCCGAUACUCUCUUGCACCCGGAUAACUUCUCUGUGCUGUGUGCGAUCUACUUUGGCUUCGUGAUGCUUUGGACUUUGGAGCUGUUGCACUACAUCUCGGUCUUCGUUGUGAUCUAUGUGGCAGAAGUUUGGUACUUCAACCACUACGGUAAGGGCACAGCACGCUCCUCGUUGUGCUCCAUGUGUGGCCCUACUUUGAUCCUCAAGGCGUGGUGUGUGGCAGUGACUAAGCAUUUGGGGUCCCUGGUCUACGCCGCCCUUUUGAUGACCCUUUUGCGGUUCGUGCGCUGGAUUGUGCAAGCGAUCUUGACCGCGGAGGAGACUGCAGACAAUCCCAUGUGUUCCUGCUGCAUGGCAGUGGUGAAGUGGAUCACGGGAGCUUGCUUGGCGGUGAUGCAGAGGAUUGUGGAUCUCACCAGCCAGAUCGCCUUCAUGCAGAUCGCCUACGAGGGCUCCAUGGGCUUUUGCGAAGCCCAGAAGCACGCCAUAAGCAUCGUCUUUGGGGAGGCGGUGAAGUGGUCCACGGUGGAAGGUGUGGCCACCACCUUCGUCGCCUUGGGAGUGGGCGGCAUUUCGGCGGGCACAUGUGUGCUAACCUUCAUGCUGACGAAGACCUUGCCCCAGUUCAGCGACGAAGCCUCCCAGCUCUAUGUCUCAGAUCCAAGGGGUAUGGCCGUGGCUGCUGGCCUGGUCUCCAUGCUCAUGUCCCUGAGUGUCUUGCAUCACUUCAUCACCAUUGCCGACACCAUGGCCUAUUGCAAGGGCUUGCUGGAGCACGAGAAGAAGAUGGCGGAGCCACAGGUGGAAGAGCGCAAGGGCACCUGCUGGAAUUGUUGGACGAAGCCACCUGCCGCGCGUGAGACUGAGGCUUUACUGCGGAAAGAAUGA